AUGAGCAAUGAAUAUUUGGAUAAUAUGGUGUUAGACGAUACUAAUAUAGGAGGGUCAGAAUUCAGUAGUACAGAGAACGGUAGCUCUGUUAAACUUUUUUUCAAAACUGAGUCAAUUGAUAAUACCGAAUUUUGGGCUUGCCGCCAUAAAGUUUGUAAAGUAAAAUACAUAAAGGAUGGUUCUACUUCGAACUUAUGGCGACAUAUGAGAGGUAAACACCAUAUUUUGAAAGCUAUGAUAGAAAGUGGCAGAGUAAAAAUCAUAACAAAAGAUAAUGAUAAAUGUGAAUUUUCCGUAAUAUCUGAAUCCUCACAACCAACAAUCAUACAAGCAUUCAAAAAAAUUAUAGAGGAACUUGAUGUCCAAGCCAACGUACUAAGUAUAGAUCGCUUAAAGAAACUUUUUAUAAAUAGUAAAGAUAAAAUUUUAAAAAAUGUUCAUGAAUAUGCAAUUAACAAUACUGAAAUUAGUAGUGUCUCGUUUACUACGGAUAUGUGGACCUCAGAUAAUGGUGAUCCAUAUAUUGGACUUACACUAUACUGGAUAAAUGAUAAUUUUCAAAUAAAGGAAAUAAUUGGCAACAUUUCAUACUUUUCAUAUCCUCAUACUGCCGACUGUCUUCUAAAUAAAAUAGUCAAAAUUUUAGAUAGUCUUAACCUUAAGAAUAUAACUGUUUGUGUUGAAGCUAAUGACAAUAAUUUGUUAAAAAAUUAUGAAGAAAAAGAAUUAUUAUCUAAUGAUUGGGAUAAAGUAACCGAAUUAGUGAAAUUGUUGCAUCCUUAUGAAAUUGUUUCUAAAAAAUUAUCUGACAUGCCAAUAUUUACUGAAGAUGAAAGAAGUUGUACUAUUUUAGAAGCAUGUGUUGAAUUUGAAUUAAUUUCUAACUCUUAUAAAUUAGACACUUCAUCAGAUACAGAAAAUCAAAUAGAUUUAACACUAUCUUGUGACAAAAUAAAUGAUGAGGAUACUUUUGCUCUCCCAACAGACACCAGUUCUCAAGAACAAUCAAGCUAUCAGGAUAGUAUCAACCCUUGCUCACAAGUUCUUAACCAUUCUGGCAACAUCAGUGCCAUUGAACGCCUUUUAUCAUCUGCAGGCCUUACUAUUACUGACAAUCGUACACGUCUUGAUCCUUAA